AUGUUUGGUUCGCAAAAGCGCGCGGCCCGCAGCGGAGCUCAGCUUUUCAUUGGUGCCUUACAAAGAGACGUAGAGAUAAAGAGAGUGACUUUUAUGGCUUUUGGACUGGAACGAAGAAGACCACAUUCGUGUUUUAAUAUUGAGUAUAUAUUAUUUUACUCUGUUAUCUAUCUAUCUAUCUAUCUAUUUUCAUAUUCUGCCGAUGUAUCUAUCUAUCCAUUUAUUUUCACAUUCUUCCUAUCCAUCUAUUUUCAUAUUAUUCCUAUCUAUCUAUCUAUCUAUCUAUCUAUCUAUCUAUCUAUCUAUCUAUCUCUCAGCUUCGUCAUAUCUCUCUCUCUCUCUAUCUAUCUAUCUAUCUAUCUAUCUAUCUAUCUAUCUAUCUAUCUAUCUAACUUCACAAUCUUUCCAUCUAGCCAUCUAAGUCUCUUCAUAUCUAUCUUUUUCUCAGACUCUUCCUAUCUAUCUAUCUCAUUUUCUUCAUUACGCUCUCUCUCUCUCUCUCUCUCUAUCUAUCUAUCUAUCUAUCUAUCUAUCUAUCACAGUCUCUUCAUUAUCUAUCUAUCUAUCUAUCUAUCUAUCUAUCACAGUCUCUUCAUUAUCUAUCUAUCUUCAUCUCUCUCUCUCUCUCUCUCUCUCUCUAUCUAUCUAUCUAUCUAUCACAGUCUCUUCAUUAUCUAUCUAUCUUCAUCUCUCUCUCUCUAUCUAUCUAUCUAUCUAUCUAUCACAGUCUCUUCAUUAUCUAUCUAUCUAUCUAUCUAUCACAGUCUCUUCAUUAUCUAUCUAUCUAUCUUCAUCUCUCUCUCUAUCUAUCUAUCACAGUCUCUUCAUUAUCUAUCUAUCUAUCUAUCUAUCUUCAUCUCUCUCUCUCUCUCUCUCUCUCUAUCUAUCUAUCUAUCUAUCUAUCUAUCUAUCACAGUCUCUUCAUUAUCUAUCUAUCUAUCUAUCUCUCUUCAUCUCUCUCUCUCUCUCUAUCUUCAUCUCUCUCUCUCUCUCUAUCUAUCUAUCUAUCACAGUCUCUUCAUUAUCUAUCUAUCUAUCUAUCUUCAUCUCUCUCUCUCUCUCUCUCUCUCUCUCUAUCUAUCUAUGAUUUUGUUUUUAAAUUGUAAAAAUCUAUUUUUCCUCCAAUCUAUCUAUCUAUCUAUCUAUCUAUCUAUCUAUCUAUCUAUCUAUCAAAGACUUUUCAUCAAAAUUUUCAAAUCUAUCUUCAUUUUUCCUCAAAUCUAUCAAUCGAUCUAUCUAUGCAUAUAUGGAAUUAUGCAUCUAUCAAUCUAUCUGUCAACAUUGCGUCUCCUGUCCAUAUCUAUAUAUCUAUCAAUCAAUCUAUCUAUCUAUCUCAAAUCUAUGUCAUUAUCAAUCUACCUAUCUAUCUGUCUAUCUAAUAAUGGUCAUAUCUAUCUAUCUAUCUAUCUAUCUAUCUAUCUAUCUAUCUAUCUAUCUAAUUAUAGUUUCUCUGUUCAUAUCUAUCUAUCUAUCUCAAAUCUAUGUCAUUAUGUAUCUACCUUUCUAUCUGUCUAUCUAAUAAUGGUCAUAUCUAUCUAUUUAUCUAAUUAUGUUAUAUCUAUCUAUCUAUCUAUCUAA